GUCAUUUUAAAUGUUUGCUUAAUAUCCAGUUUGUGUGCUACAUUGUGUUAAAUGAAAUCCACUAUUCAUGCAAUGGCUAUCCACUUCACGGUCAUAAUCAUCGUUGUGUUGGGACUAAGCUCGGUCGGAGCUCAACUACCUAAUUCACCCUGCCCGCGAAUAUUCUCCUACCGAAAGGAUCCUGUAAGCAAACAAAUAUAUGGGCACUUAGAAAUAAGGAAUCUAAAAGCUGAACAAUUAGUGAAACUCAAUGUUGAUUUGGCAGUAGGAAUUCGGCCGCUGUGGAACAAUGUUGGCUCCAUCACAUUGGUUAAGUCCCGUGCCGAUUCGUUCCACGAUAUAAUACGAGGUCUUCCAGCUCAGUAUCGGAUUGAGUUCCCGAUGCAAAAUCCAUUACCACUCAUACUGUCAAUUGUUCUUAACGAUCAGCGAAUCUGCACUGGCCAAGCUGGUGUGGGUCGGUAUAUCAGGGCACUUUGUUGGAAGCAUACGUGGUAUACUCAACUGUUAUCACAAAACCUGAACAGAACUGAUCACCAUUCAGUGCAUUCUAUACACCAACCUCAGUUGGAUCUGGACAGGAUGGCUGUUCUCCGACCGAAUAACGAGCCCCAUACUCCGUUGGAUAAAUCUACCGAAACCGUUUCACCUCAAAAAUCCCGAAACGACUUCGCCUGUGGUAAAUCGUCAACCGCCAUUUUGAACCGGCUGUCUAUCAAUGGACAAUUGGCAAACAAAGGCCAAUUCCCAUGGAUCGUGCCACUGUUUGAUCGUAUGCAACCUCAAAAUCCGAAAUACAUUUGUGGUAGCACGAUUAUCAGCAAGAAAUAUCUCGUCACGGCAGCUCACUGUGUUUAUGGAAUUGAUGAUUUUAUGCCACCAGAACGGAUCCUGGCCGUACCGGGAAUGUACAAUACAGACAACUUUCUGGAGGAGAAUGCCGAGUUUGCCUACGUCGAGAAGGUUCAACCGCACCCGGAGUACGUGUAUGACGAUGAUGUGAAUGACGCGGAUCUGGCCACAUUGCGUUUGAAAACUCCGCUGGAAUAUACCAACUUUAUUAUACCGAUAUGUUUGUGGCGUGGUGAUAACGACCUACUGAAAAUCGUAGGCCAGGAUGGUAUCGUUGCCGGAUGGGGAUACACGGAGCUGGGUCCGUCAUCGGUCCCAACGUAUGUCCGCUCUACCGUUGUCGACCGACAGCAGUGUAAUGACAAUUGGUCCCGAAUGUACACCAAUACAGCGAGAAUUUUCUGCGGUGAUGGACACAAUUCUGUUCCCUGCAAUGGAGAUUCUGGCAGUGGAUUGGUGAUGAGACGAGGAAACCAGUACUAUUUACGAGGUGUCGUAUCUAGGGGUAAAGUCGAGAAAGUUACGCUUAAAUGUGAUGCUACAAAGUAUGCAAUUUAUACGGACAUUGCGCCAUUCCGGUUUUGGCUAAAAAGCGUGAUGAGUUGAA